AUGAUUCUAAGGAAUAUCACGCUCAUUCUAAUAUCUUACGAUGUAGAUCCAAAAUAUUUCGAUAAUAUAAUUUCUGAUAAAAAUAUUGAGAAAAAAGAUGAAAAAUAUGUAAUUUAUAAACCGAACAUUUCUCCUCAAAUAUCUUUAUGGGGAUUGGCACAAGAACAUAAUUUUAGUAGGGAUGUAUCUCAAUGGAAUCAAGAUGAUAUUAUGACCUUUAAAAGGAUUAUUUGUAGGUUUAUUCCUUUAAUUAGAUUUUAUGAUAUAUCUCCUAAGGAUUAUAUGAUCAAAAUUAAACCUUAUGAAGAAAUUUUAUCAAAGGAAUAUAGAAAUGAUCUUUUGAAUUAUUACAUGAUUCCUGAAUACAAGCCAAAACUUAAUAAUUUAGCAUCAAGAUAUUUAAAAGAUAUCAAUUCCGUGAUAAUUGAUCAAAGACAUGUUAACCUACUUACAAAUUGGAUUGAUAGAAAUGGGGAAAGAAAAUUUAGUCUUUAUAAAUUUAAUCUUUUAUAUAGAGCUAGCAGAGAUGGUAAUACAGCCACAGAAUUUCAUAAAAAGUGUGAUAAUAGGGGGGCUACUAUAAUUGUAUUAAAAAUUAAAAAUUCUGAAGGAAUAAUUGGAGGAUAUAAUCCACUUGAAUGGGAUUCAACAAAUGGUUCUUUUAAACGCACGAAAGAUAGUUUUUUAUUCUCAUUUACAAAUAAAAAGAACGUCCAAAUGGCAAAAGUAGGUUAUAGUAAUGGUAAUAAAUAUUAUAUAGUUUGUUAUCCAUAUUUCGGUCUAAUAUUUGGUUAUAAUAACUUAUAUUUACAUAAUGAUGGUACUUGGACAAGUUAUCCUGAUGAUAAUCCAUGUUCUUAUCCCAAACUUGAUGGUAUACCGAUAGGAACCUUUGAUGUGGAUGAUUUUGAAGUUUUUCAAGUUAUAAAGAAAACGAAGAAAAUUAAAUUAAGUGAUUUAAAAUCAAUAUUUUGGACGAAAAAGAAAUAUUAA